UUUUGUUUGCUUUACUGUUCUUUUAGCGCAGAUAAAUCCCUUUUAUUUUGAAGCAAAAGCACAAUUUGGCGACCCCCGAAACAGAAGAAUCAUUUGAUUGCUUCAAUCGAUCGACUGAUCCGUUGGAGGGAAGAAGAAUCUCGAGUAACAUUUUCCCUUUGUGGGUUUUUGUUGAAACAUGAUUAGAGUGAUAGAGAUGAGAUAAUGGGUUGGAGACGAAGUUGAAGAAGAAAACAGAGGAAGAUCGAUAUCAUCCAAUAAUCUCAAGGAACAUUCUCCAAUUUCUUCUGGGUUUUUGAAGAGGAAGAGAGAGAUAUAUAAAUAUAGAGAGAGAAAGUUAGAGAGAGAGAGAGGGAGAGGAGAUGAUGGGAUGGAGACGAAAUUGAGAAAGAGAGCAGAGGAAGAUGGCGAGGGCAGAGUGGGGAUGUGGGAGAGGCAAAUGGUAUUCCUACAAGCGAACCGCUCUCAUCAUUUGUAUACUCAACAUCGGUGUUGCUCUCUAUGUUCUCCGCUCUCUCUAUACUUCUCUUUACAUCUACCCAUAUAACGAUCCACAAAAAGAAAAAGAUUUUAGGUACACCCCAGAUCAGAUUAGAAAAAUGGAAGAAUCAAUUCGGAUACGAAAGGAAUUGGAACCCAUAGAACUUGUUGAAUUGGUGAAAAAAAUAAAGGAGGAAUUCUCUAGUGAAGAAAGUAUACUUGAAUUGCCCCAGCACUUGAAACAAAAGAUCACGGAUGAGAUUCUGGAAAGGUUGAAGGGCUUGAAUGCAAGUGAUCAGCAAGAAGCAGUCGAAAGCUGGCGCAAAGAAAAACUUGAAGAAGCUAUUCAAUUUACGCGUGGAAAAAUUUUGAAUUCAACAAUUCUGACAGAGGAAGCCGGGAUGCUAGCAAAAGCUUUGAAGUCUAAUUGGGCUCAGCUGUCAGAAGAAAUUGGUCUUUGGUUACCAGUUGAUAUCAUUCACAAGGAACACGAUGACAAACCGGAGGGUGUGGAAGAGUUUGAUGAAGAGAUUUUACCUGGCAGGAAACUUCCUCCAGAAUGUCAUACCGAACUUCAUACAGAUUAUGGUGGUGCUGCUGUCAGAUGGGGCCUGACCCACCAUAAAGAAAGUGCAUAUGAAUGUUGCCAGGCUUGCUUGGAUCAGGCUAGACAUGGCAAACCAGAUGAAAAGAAAUGCAAUAUAUGGGUUUAUUGCCCAUCUGAGACAGGAUGUCAUUCCCCGGAUAUUUAUGAACACAAAAAUGGGGAGUGCUGGCUGAAAUAUGCGGAAAAUCCCAAAGUGAAUUACAAGGGGACAUAUUCGGACUCUUACAGAAAUUCCCACCCGAAAGCACCAUUGGUUGUUCCUUGGGUCUCUGGUGUUGUAAGUGCUUGAUCGGGUUUUUCCCAACAAAUGGACAGUCAGUCCGGAGACUCUGCAGGGAGUUACAGAACACUUACUGUGCCAUGGAAACUUCUGAAAAUACCCACACGAAACUGGCUGCAUUGAAAUUUAUAUGCACGCUGUUAUCACAUCAUUUCUAGCUUGUACCAUUUUCUUUUCUUCUUUUAGUGGUGGUUUUUUGAGGAGGGUUCAUUUUUAAUUUUUUUUUUUUUUU